UGGAAUGACCAGUGUGGCAGCCAAAGGGCCAGGAUGGAAGAAGAGAGGAAAGCACCUUCAAAUGGGAUGCUGAAUCCUCGGAAAACUCUUCUCAUUCCAUAUGGCCUCAAGAACAUGCUAAAAUUCAUCAGCCAUGCAGUGUUGGUGGAAAAGCCCUCAAAUGUUGCAGAAUAUGUGUCAGCAUAUUGCAAUGAGCUUCUGAGCUUACGGAGAGAGCAUCCUGACCUGCCCAUUCAUGAUCUGAUGACGCUUACACAAUUCAGCCAAAUUAAGGGACAUGUUUUGCCAAGUUCUACCAGUCUAGCAGGCCUCCUUUCUGAUGUAUGUGACGAUAUCUCCUACACAAACAUAUAUCCAAGUCACCAGCACUGUGAAAACCCUUCUGAUAAUGAUGGAGACACAGACACAGAAGAGGUGGUAUCUUUGGAAAUCACGCCGGCUGAAAAUACGGAAACAACAAACAGGUGGGAAAAUUCCCUUUCCCCUGAGAUGUCCAUGCAAGUGGGUCAAUCCAUCAAUGAAGAGACCAAUGCACACUUCAUAGAAGUGAAGAAGGAAAUGGACGAGGAGGAUGAUGCUGAUCCUCUUGUUCAGUCCGCAGUCUUUCUCAGGACAGAGCAGACGGUGGCCAAUGCAAGCUCAGUCUUCAUUGAAACCCUCAGACCGCCAUCAAAGCCAAUGAUAAUCAUUCACUCAGACAACCUUCCUGAUGUUAUAGUGUUCAAAAAGAGUGAGCAACACCUUGCUCCGUCUUCUUCUCCCUCCAGUUCUAGACUGUCAGGUUCUCAGGCAAAUAUGUCCUCUGAAAUGGCUGUUUUUCACAAGGUCCCUUCAGUGCAGGACGUAGCUAUUUCACUAAAGCUUUUGGAGAAAACAGAAGCACUGGAGGAUGAGGACCCUGAGACUUCGUUUACAAAGAAAAACAUGAACUUCAUGGAGCAAGUCAGGAGGAUGGAAGGGCUUCAGUUGAAACAGCGAAAGGACCCAAAACCAAAAGUGUCCAUCAAGACGGCAAUUGCUGAGAGAGACAGAUUGAUGAGGAAGUUACUGCAGUCUCAGCAGAAAACAGAUACUGUGAAGCCAAAGAUAAUAGGUAUCACAGUAUCCAGAGGCAUUGAAGAGGCCAACACUGAGGAUCAUACAAAAGAUGAGAAGCUGCUGGAGGCUGGUGAGAUACCUCCUGUUAGGUCGGAGGGGGGCAAUUCAAAUCUGGACCCAGCCCUCCGGAACUCAGUUCAGCAGAUCUGGACCCUAUACCAGAUGGGUGAAGAAGCUGCAGAAAAUGAGUCAUGCACAAGCCCCGCACUGAUGGAUCCUGACACCCAUGCACCCACAGAGCAUCAUGACCAAAACACUAUUUCAGGAGAUUGUCUUCCAGACUCCUCACAAAGUCAGGAAGAGAGUGGGCAGUCACCCAAUUUAUGUGACACGUCUGGUGUCCAGAUCAUCAACACUCCCAAUUAUGUUCUUGUGAAUGACGAUGCAACUGAGCAGAUGGGAAGUCAAGCCAGUGAAUCAUCUACUAGUGUGGGUAGAGAGAGACCCAAAAGUGCCAUAUCAAAGGACUGGGCAAAACAGUUUGUUUCAAUAUCUUUUCCCGUCGACACCUCGUGCACUGAUGCCACAGGCAGUGGCCCCCUGUUCUUCAAGGUGCAUUCUGAUCAAGGGAACGUGGUCUGUUCACCAGUGGUUAUCCGUGAGGUCAAUCGCACAACUACAGUUGAUCCGGAUGGUGGGAGUGAUGGUGUGAGAACUUCAGUGACCACUAUGCAGUGGUCCAUUGAAGUUAGUUUUAAAAAGACAGAACAAUUGCCAACAUUUGAAAAACUAACGCCUGCUUGUAAACCAGAUGAUGAGCUUACCUUUUAAACAAAACAAUUAAAGUGCCCUUAUAAUAAGAGUAUUGCUGUGGGGAUAAAUAAAUAAUAAAAAAAGACAUAUUCGUCGGUGAACAUUUUA